CGCGCCCGCGGCGGCGCCGCUGCCGCACCCCCACCCCGCCGCGCCGCCUCACGACCUGCCCGCCAACUUCGCCAAGCUCUACCUCGACGGGCGAAAGAAACAGGGCGCUCCCCCCACUGCCGGCGCGGCGCCGACGCCCCCCUUGGCCGCCACCCCCCUGGCGGCGCCGCUCCCCGCGGCGGCGCCCCUCCCGGCCAACGUGGGCAAGCACAAGUGUGCGCGGAAGCAGCGCGCCGCGCCCCCCCACUCCGACCACCACCUACCGCCGCCGCCGGACAUACUCGACGAACAGAUCUGCCUAGAUGCGAUGUCCAAGCUCUCCCUUCCCCCCGGAUUUACAUGGAAGGACGUCACCAAGAAGCGUAAAAAUAAAGACGUUAUCGACAAUGAUUUCAAUAGAGCUGAAACGUUGGCGGCAACACGCAACGAAGCACUGCCUGAGACUGAUAGAAGCUUGCUCGAAUUAACUGACUCCAAUGGUCCACCGACACUCGCCACGUCGGCUCUACACGCGCUGGACCUGCAGUUCUGCGCACAAGCUAAUAAAAGGGUACCGCGCAGUGGCGAAGGGUGGAUAUUUGUAGAAGCAGGAGUGACAACGACUAUCCACCUCCCCACCACGCCCCCGUAUCCCCCUCCGCAGCAGCUGUUCCCUGUGCAGCAGUUAGCCACUAACCUUCACCAGACCGUUCCCAUUCAAGAACGUCCGCGCGCGAAGGUAUCCCGCAAGUGCAACAAGUUCGGCUGCAAGUUGUUGCUGCUUGAAGCGUUGCAGAGACUCGGGCAGCACGUCAGUGACGUUGGUGCUGUCGCGCAUCAGCUACAGGAGCUGCAGCAACAGCAACUGCAACAGCUGGCUGCGCAGCAGAAAAAGCCCCAACAGUACGUGCAAGAUCUGCAACCAAGGCCGGACGCCUUUUUAACCCAGCCGGGCGAUGAGGCGGGCGGUGGCGCGGCCGGCGCCGAAGCGCGCGAACUGGGCGCGGUGCUGGCUUACCUGCAGAGAGAGGUCCCUUCCCUUGUCGCCUUACCCCCCAACGAGCUGCGAUCGCUUGUACUACAGGUGAUGCAGCAAAAAUCGCAUGAAAUGCUAUCAGCGAAGUGCGAGAAUGACGCGGUGGGCGAGGCAGAGGCUGGCGGCGGCGGCGAGGCGGAGGCGGACGAACGGCAGGCGCGCCGGUUGCUGGCCGCGGCAGAGGAGGCGCUCGCCGCGGACUGGCCCCGUGCCGACCACCACCACCACCAUCUGCACCACCACCACCACCUGGAUCUCGCGACGGGUAACGGCUGCCAGUACCGGUUGCGGCCUCCGUCGCCGGGCGAAACGGGCGCAGGCGCGACACGCGCGGCGGCCUUGGGCGCCGACGACGCGGACAAGCCUGACGCCCACUUUGCGCCGCCCGCGCAGCCCAAGCACCACCCGCCCCACCAGCCGCACCCUGCACACGCUCAUUCCCUCCCCACCACCUACACUGAAGUCUACAGGUCGUUCACCGCUCCUAUGACGACCAGUGCGGGCGCAGGCGCAGCAGCGGGCGCGACUGCUGCGCAGCAACCGCAGCCGCAUCCGAAACGCGAACAACAUCACCAUAACACCUCUGUCACCGCCAAGAAAAAGGGCCGGUUCGGCGUGGGGCGCGGUGGGCGCAGCGCGGCGCUGACACUGGGCGCGGGCGAGGCUUUCCCCGGCACGCCGCCCGCGCCGGCGCCUGCCGCUUACUGCGCCAUGGACGUGGACGGCGAGACCGAUUCCAACCGCGACACGGCGCUCACGCUGGCCUGCGCCGGCGGCCACGAAGACCUCGUCGAGCUGCUGCUUUCGCGCGGCGCGGACAUCGAACACCGCGACAAGAAGGGCUUCACACCUCUAAUCCUUGCCGCGACAGCGGGUCACGAAAAGAUCGUUGAGAUCCUCCUGAACCACGGCGCGGACAUAGAGGCGCAGUCGGAGCGCACCAAGGACACGCCGCUGUCACUGGCAUGCUCCGGCGGCCGCUACGAGGUGGUGGAGCUGAUCCUCAGUCGCGGUGCCAAUAAAGAGCACCGCAACGUGUCCGAUUACACGCCACUCUCGCUCGCCGCUUCAGGGGGCUAUGUCAACAUCAUCCGUUUGCUGUUGCACCAUCAGGCGGAGAUAAACUCCCGCACGGGCUCCAAGUUGGGCAUCUCACCGUUGAUGCUGGCUGCGAUGAACGGGCACACGGCGGCCGUGCGGUUGCUGCUCGACUGCGGCUCCGACAUCAACGCACAGAUCGAGACUAACCGAAAUACCGCGCUCACGCUCGCUUGCUUCCAAGGACGACACGAAGUUGUAAGUCUUCUACUCGACCGGAAAGCGAACGUGGAGCACCGAGCGAAGACCGGACUGACGCCUCUUAUGGAAGCAGCCAGUGGGGGGUACGUGGAAGUAGGGAGGGUACUAUUGGACAAAGGCGCGGAUGUCAACGCGCCCCCUGUACCGUCGUCACGCGACACUGCCCUCACUAUAGCUGCUGAUAAAGGACAUACAAAAUUCGUCGAACUAUUGCUGCAAAGACGAGCGGCGGUAGAAGUGAAGAACAAAAAAGGCAACUCUCCGCUAUGGCUGGCGGCUAAUGGCGGACACCUAGCCGUCGUCGAAAUGCUCUACGCAGCCGGCGCCGACAUCGACUCACAGGACAAUAGAAAGGUAUCAUGCCUGAUGGCCGCCUUCCGGAAAGGCCACACUAAAGUGGUGAAGUGGAUGGUCGGCGUCGUCACGCAAUUCCCCUCUGAUCAGGAGAUGACAAGGUACAUUUGCACGAUCUCAGACAAGGAACUUCUGGACAAGUGCCAGGAGUGCGUCCGCGUGAUCCGCGCCGCAAAGGAGACUCAGGCUGCGCGAGCCAAUCAGAACGCGACCAUCCUGCUGGAGGAGCUCGACGCCGAACGCUGUCGGGAGGAGUCGCGCAGACAGGCAGCCGCGCGGCGCAGGGAGCGCAAGAAGAAGAAGAAGAUGGAGAAGAAGGUAGAGGAGCGGCGCAAAUUGCAGGAGGAGAACGACAAGAACUCGAUGUACAGCGAGAAGGCGCUGCGAGAGGGCGAGUGUUCGGAGGGCGGCGAGCCCGACGACGAGCCGCAGGCAAAAGAGGAGGGCGACUCCGGCAUCGACGCCAACUCACAGGGUUCGUGUUCAUCGUCAGACGUUAAAGCACCUCCAGCCACCAGCGCCAAGAGCAAGAAGAAGAAAAAAGAAGAAAAGGCAGUUCCUCCACCGCCCCCCGAUAAACCUGCCAAGCAGAUAGACAAGAGUAAAACCAAGAUUGAGAUGAAACCAGAAAAAGAAAGCACCCCUAAACCAGACAAGAAAGAGAAAGAGAACGUGGCGCCAAGCUCUCCUCCCGCCACCCCCUUGAAACCGGCGGCGUCCGUGCAGCCGGACCGCAGACAGGAUAAGAAAGACAAAAAACAAGAAGAGGAUAAUAAGACUUUAACAGUUCAAAGUGUUAAAUACGGGAAUAGCUCGCGAAAGAGCCAAGUGUUCGAAUCUUCACGGCUCAAUGUGGAAAAGGACGAGUUUGAUGUGUCCGAGAAAUAUAAAAAACACGGCGCACACCAGUGGGAGGCAGAAGGCAAGAGUACCUCGCCGAAGGGAGGAUGCGUCGGAGGACGACGCGAAGAGGGUUGGAAGGAAGUCGUACGCAAGUCCAGCGUACAAACUCUGUCUACCGUUGAACCUGGGUGCAAAAAAGUGUCUGUGGGCGCGCACGCGAUCUCGCGCGUUAUUGGGCGAGCGGGCAGCAACAUCAAUGCCAUUCGCGCAGCUACCGGCGCUCACAUCGAAGUCGACAAGCAGACCAAGGGACAAGGAGAGCGCAUUAUUACAAUCAAGGGUUCAGCGGAAGCAACAAAGCAAGCGGCGAACCUGAUAGCGGCGAUGAUCCGCGACCCCGAAGCGGACAUCGCGGCGCUGCUGCCCCGUACGAAGUUGCCGCAACCCGCGCCGCAGCCCGCGCAGCCUAAGCCCGCAAAACAGCCUCUACCUAAGGUGAACACACAUCAUGAACCAGUCAACGGCUAUUACUACCUGGCGACAGCGAGCACCGCGUCCGGCGCGUCGAGCGGCGCAGCGGCGACUCGCACCACGACCGCGACGCGCACGCCCGCCAAGCACGCCGCCGCGUCGCGUGUGCAGCCCGCGCGAUCGCUACACGUGUCAAUAAGUUAUUCAGAGAAACGACAAAAUUCAUCGUCGACUCCGGCAACUCCCGCCCCCACUCCGGUAAAAUCUAGUGCGAACUCAACGGGCGCGCUGUCGUAUACGGGCGCCAUUGUGGGUGCGCGAUCUCAUACGUUCGCAGCCAAGCUCACUGCCACACCGCCACUCGAUACUAAGCCCAGAGCCACAUCUCAGGGGACAACGACGAGCCCGGCCUCGGGCGCGCCCAGCGCGUCCCCGCUGAUGAAGGUCGCGUCGCACAGCGCGACAGCACGCGACUCGCCGCCUGCGCCUGCGCCGAAGGGCGAGGAGGGCGACAAGCCGCGCGGCUGCGCGCACGACCUGCAGCUCAGUCCCGACAACUCCGCCUCGUGGAGCGACGAACCCAGCCCCGCGCCGCUGCACAUCAACACCACGCCGCAGUCGAGCGCGAGCAGCAGCGGCGGGACGGGCGCCGGCGCAAGCGCAGGAAGCGGUGGGGCGCAAGAGUACUCGCUGUUCAAAGACCUGUCGGCCGGUGGCAUGUGGGGUGCGGCGGGAGAGCCGCAUCACUCCGUCGAUCCGCCGCCCUUGCAGCAAGCGGACGCGAGCAAGGCCCCCGGCUACCGCGGUGGCGGCGCGGCCGGCGGCGGCUGCUCCCCCUGCAGCCGCACUUCGUCACACGGCUCUACGCCGCCGCCCGCCUACGCGCCACCUGCGCCGCCGCCGCCCAACUACCACCAGCCUAUGCCUAUUGGCAACAAUGUCAACAUUGACAUGAGUGGACUACCUCGGAAUGGACCUAUCUACCCGGACAACUCCAGGAAUGGACAUAAUAUGAUGGUGAGCAUGAGCGCCAGUGUGGGUGCAAGCCACAUGGGCGGAGGCGGGAUGGGGCUAGGCUAUGUUGGUGUGGAGGGCGUGUCGCGCCUCAACCCUCGCGCACCUGACUUCGCGCAGCCCCACCGACAGCAGCACCCGCUGCUUCCCAACAAGCACAACGCACAGCAGCUGUUCGCGGGUACGAGCAGCAACGUGGGCUCCGGCGUGACUUCAAGCAACCUGAGCACGCUGCUGCUCUCCUAUCAGCCGAACCAACCGAAGCCCAUGCCGCACACGCCGCCCGCGCAUCAUCCCUACCAGUCCCUGCUGGAGCGCGGGGUGGGCCACGGGGGCCACGGCUGGGGCUCCGAGGAGGAGGAACGCAAGCCGCGGCCCAUCGGCACGGAGCGCGCCUGGAAGCUGACGGGCACCGACGACUGGUCGCACGUGCACGGGCACCAGCCGCAGCACGCGCACCCGCACGCGCACCUGCCCGACCACGACCGCUACCAGGGCGUUAGCGGCAUGAGCGGUCACGUGGGCGUGGGACAGACCCUGGAAUCAGGGUACGGCGGCGGCAACGGUGGCGCGGCCACAGCAGCCGCGCUUUCGCUAAUGCACGCGCUGCCCCUGCACUACUUGCAACCUGGUCCCGGAGCCGCCGAUCCCCCGCACCACUGGGACCGCAACCACCACCAAACCCCGGACAAACAGACUUGGAGCAAAUGGACUCACUAAGAGUCCCCCGGCAUUGACGAGACUGCCUUACUGCGACACGCGCCGCGAGUCCCAGCGACUGUCGACACCUGUGUUCCCUACUGUACACCUUAGCGCGCGUUAGACCUAUCCCACGAGGAUUAUAUAUAAUUGUAACCCUUGGAAGCGGUGUAGAUAUUAGUGAGAAAGAUUAUAUUAUACAGAUUAUCUAUAUACAUAAUAGAGAAAAUGUCCUAUCGAGAAGAGAACUUCUUAUACUGUACGAUCGACUGAAGUGAGCAUUAAACGAUUCAAUAUAAUGAAACUCGUGAGGGGAUUCGGAUGUAGUUUUAUUUGUAACUGCCGAUGCUCGCGACGCAACGUCACUUAGACAAAUUGUUGUUACGUUCAUGUCGGUCUCCGUAGUUGAGUCCGCGCUCGAACUAAUAGUAGGUAGCUUGGAAUGUGAUUCCGAAAUGCCGCAGAGUGUUUCGUUGCCUUGGCGCCGGCCGCUGCCCGCCGAGCCGGCCGGCCGCCGCCUCUAUAUACAUAUUUUACACUAUAUUAUGGCAUAAUACGAUAUUAUUUCGAUAACGCUCGCUCGCCGAAGCGGAUUAUUAACGUGUAUUAAUAAAAUUUGCUUGUACAUGAAGAUUAAAUAUCAUAUAUUGAUGCACUGUAUCCACUGGUGUUUUUAAUAAUACCACCUGUUUUUCAAUAAUUCUUUUUUUAAUAGCUUUAUUUGGGUAAUGUGUAUAUUUAUAAGUAAAUUAUUAUUGAAGACUUAUAUGUCUCGAAUAUAAUUAAAGGCAGAGUAUGCGGUAAGUUCUAGGCAAAUAAACCGUUGUCAAAAUAUUUUCGUGUGUUU